UGUAUGUAUACCAAAAAAGAACACACUCCCACGCCGCAAGCCAGCGUCUUGCCCGUCAGCCUUAGCCAUGGUGUCGUCCCCUCUCUCUCCGGUCUUCCUUGUCUCGAUCGAAACAAGUUUAUAAAACCCCACGGCCAGCCCGUCCGUCGUCCUGACCGCGGGUCUUCGUGUUAGAAAAGGAUCUCUUUUUUUUUUUUCCCGAUCAAUUAUUCACUUCCCCCCUUCGGUAACGAGGUCAAGAGUGCGGUCUUUGGAACUGACACAUCGACCAACAACCCCACCCCACCUUUUUCGUGUUCCCUGUCAGGAUACCAAGCAGUCAGUUCAAGGGCGAUCAAUUGAGUGUUCUUAUCGCCAAACGGCCUUCAAAACGGCCUCGAACCGGGAGCAAUUGAACCAAGGAAUUGGACAGAAUGGGCGGCGGAUACUACUACGAAACAGAGCCACGUCCGCAAUACACAAGGCCCCCUCCAAGAGCAUACUACCAGUCCACCACCCGAACAAGCAGAACCGCGCACAUCAUUGACGUUGAAGGACCAGAGCGGUCGCUGUCGCCCUCUCCGACAAGAGUGGUUGUUGUGCAGGAGAAGCGGAGGCGGAGACAGCCAGAGCCGAUUGGUUGCUGGGCGUGGUUUUGUGCUAGUUGUUGUUGCUGCUGGGUGUGCUGUGAUUGCUUGAAUGAGACUUGCUGUCCGAUUCGGGAGUAUGACUGAGCUGGGAAAACAAUGGAAGAGACGACGAGAGGAUGUUACGACGAAUGAUGAUACCCAAAACGAAAAUCAUGACGACAAGAAUGGUUGGAGAAAGUGAAUGAUUGGUACCUCUUCUAUUCCUUACAUGCUAGACGGCCAGGAAACACAAAAAGAAAAGAAUGCAAUAACCUCCAAACUCCUGACCUUGGCUGUCAAGAAACGCCUUCAAUGCAAAUAGUAAAAC